AUGGCGUUAGUCGCGUCAUCAUUCUGCGACAAAGCAACCCGAAAGAAACUUGGGCGGGUGGGGCAAGCAGAAGGUUCUGGUAGUUGGAGCGGUUGGUGGGGAGUUGGAGCUUGCGAGCGUAACGGUUGUUAUCGCUGGGGUUAUUGUUUUGCCAUGGCCCGUGGGAACCAGCGUGAACUUUCCCGCCAGAAGAAUAUGAAGAAAGCCCAAGAACAUAGCAAGGGGAAAAGAAAAGAGGACGCUUUGUCAGCUUCUCAGAGGAAACAGAGAGAUUCUGAAAUUAUGCAGCAGAAGCAAAAAGCAGCUAAUGAGAAGAAGACUCAUCAGGCAGGAGCAAAAUAAUAUGUGGCUACAGAGAGGACCUAAUAAUGCUGCAGCAUCUCAAAAUAUAGGGCCUAAAAAGACAUAUUUGUAAAAGUAGCCAGCCAUUAAAUGGUUAAUGUUUAUCUUCUACUUGCUUGCUUGUCCAGUAUGCAUUUAUUUUAGAAUGUAUAGUGUAUUUGCAGCUGACUUGGCUUUGACUGAAUUACUAGAUUGGAUUGCAUUUUAAAGUUGUAUUUCCCUUUGCAUGUCUGUUAGUAACAGUAGCAAUAGCCAAAAUGUAUGUUAUUGUUAAAAUGUUUGCUCAAUAAAUUGCUUGUGUGAUUAUACCAGUUAUUAUAUAUGCAAGUAGGCUGGGAAAUGUAUAUGGUAACACUCUUACAUUCAGAAGUGAUAUUUUAAAAGGACAGGUAUGUGUACUUGCUUUCCACUUUGUAAAAGGUCAGCUGUAAAGUUAAAUCAUAAAUUAUUUUUACAAUAAAAAAUAUUGCAUGACAUAUUAUCAGAAUUGGGUACUCAAGAAGCUCCAAUAGAUUUCAGUUAUUGCUAAAAAUAUGACAUAAUUUAGGGAAUCCUUUAGCACAAAUAACUUGCCUUUUAUCAUGUGUUCUAAUUGCAAUCUUGAGUAUUUAAUACCAUUCUUCAGUAAUUGCAAACCAAGAUUCUCUAUAUGUAAAAUUGCUAUUAAAAUCUAAUUUGAAUUAAAAUAUAAACUAUAUUUUGAGUAAAAAUUGGUUCAGGAUAAGUGCAGCAGUGAAGGAAUGGGUUGCUUAAUUUUUUUGAUAUGCAAGAUUACGGUAUUUCAAAGACAGUUGGUAAGGAUCUUAUUUGAACAAUUAGUUUUACAUGCAUAAUUGUGUUUCAGUUUGUGACAGAACCAGACUGACCUAGAAUUAGAUCAAGAGAAUCUUAUGAGAACAGCAACUUCUUCUGAACAAUGAAAUUUUAUUAGCAUACAUGUCAAUUGGAAGAGGAUAAAUCAGGGUGACCUUAACUUAAUUCUGAACACUUCAAAGACUGUGUGCUAGAGCAUACAAAGAACUAAUUGCAUUGUUUGAAAGGCACAGAUAAUUCAGAGUCUUUUAGGUCAGAGAAAGCAAUUUUUAUUGCAACAAAGAUAUUUUGAAAAUGGCUACUAGCUAUGAUUUAAUUUUUAAACAAGUGUUGUGAUUUAAAUGUGAUACAUUGGUAUAAAACUUAAAGUAGGAUAACCUUGCGUCUUUCCUGUGAUGUUACUAAAUUUUAAUUACACGUGAGAAUAAAAAAUAGGUGGAUUUUAGUUAAGACUAACUUGGAGUUUAGGUAAAAAAUUGGCCUUCUGGAUUAAGAACAAUUUGUAGAUAUUACAGAUUCAGUUCCAGAAAGGUGCUUUAGAACAUAUGGCAACUGUAAAAUGAUUGAGAAUUAAGAAAUAUUCCUAACAUCUUAGCCUACAGCCAGUUCCUAUGAUAUAGUAUGUGUUUUGUCUUCAUUAAUUGGACAACGACUAGCUGACAACAAAAAGUUAAAGAGAUGGAUAUCUUUACUGCCAUCUAGAAAUCGUUUGGAUUUUUGCAGCCUUGCAUACGUUUGCCCUCUUUUCUGCUCUUUGCACUGUAAUCAGCGGGAACAGAAUUGUGGCAAAGAUAAUAGAGUACUUACAAAAAUCAAUUUAAAUUAAAUUCUUUUUUUUCAAGCAAUAUAGUUACUGUAUUAGAGUCUUUCUCACAGUCUUUAUCAUUCAUUCAAGUUGAACGGGGUAAGUAUUUUUGUUUUAAAUAUUCUCUGUAAAGAAUUUAGGGGUACUAUAUUUUACUAAAAUUUAACAGUGUAACCCUAAUUAUGUAGGCAUCUGACUGUUGUGAGAUUAAAUUUAUUGCAUGUACUAGGAUGCAUUAUAUGCAGCGUCUGUAGGUGGCAGUGCAUGGCUUUUUCUUUAGGAUUGAAAAAAAAUGGUCAGAUUAGGAAAACUACCACAAAAAUCCUAAAGUUGUAUGCUAGCCAGGAAAUUGAAAAACUUUCCAUAAUAAGGCAGUGGCAAAUGAUUUUUGUAUUGUCGAGAAAACUGCAAUAUGUUAAUGAUAUCACCAAGAGUAAAGUCAGAUUCAAAUGAAA